UUUUGGACAGAAAAAAAGAUUGGAUUUUUAUGCUUGGGUUUUUUUGAUCUGGUUCAUUUUGGAGCUUUGAAGAGGAAUUGGAUAAUAAUUAUUGUAUGUUUAGAUAUAUGAUGCUGUCUAGUUCUUUCAGUGCUUGGAUCAAUCAUUUUCUAGCUUGCAUGGGAGGUUGCUUUGGUUGCUGUGCAAAAUCUCAACCAGUUAUUGCUGUGGAUGAACCAUCUAAAGGACUACGAAUACAAGGAAAGUUGGUGAGAAAACCGAGUAUGUCGGAUGAUUUUUGGAGCACCAGUACAUGCGAUCUGGAGGUUAGUACUGUUCAAUCUCAUAGAAGCAUGUCUUCCAUCAGUAUAUCAAAUCAGAGCCUCAGUCAACAGAGCGGCACUGGCAAUGCUAGCAACAACAAUGAAUUCAUAAAUCACGGCUAUCUUCUUUGGAACCAGACCAGGUUUCAGUGGCUAGCAAGUAAAAAUCCAGAGAACCGAAGAGUCGUUGAAGAACCGAUGUUAAAUUGGAAUGUUUCGUAUGAUAGCUUAUUUGGGACUAACAAACGAUUCCCUCAGCCAAUUCCUCUCUCGGACAUGGUCGACUUUCUUGCUGAUAUUUGGGAGCACGAGGGUUUGUACGAUUAACCAUGCUGAUCGGGAUUGUGUAUUGAUCUUCUUCGCUUUAUCUGAAUUUUUCUGGUUGUUUUAACCUCUGAUAAAAUUGUGCAUAGUUUCCAGAAUACA